CACGGAACGACGACACUUUAUGGAAUAUGUGACAUCUUAAGGCCGAAAAUUACAAAUGACGUUGCCUCACUUUCUGAAACUCUCAAGAAAGCAGUUUCACUAAAUAUUCUGAAAUGAUGACUAUGCCUCUGAAACUAUCAAGGAACAAGUUUGAAUAAAUAUUCUGAAAUGGGGGUGACGAGGAUGUCCAGUUGAGCCUGGUUAUGCAGACAUUGCAGCUGGUCACACUUCUUCUUCUCCUCAGAAGUAUCUCGGCCGACAUCCGUCCCCCCCUCUCCCUCGCGCUCCCCCUACCCAAGUUCUCGACCAUGGCCCCCGCGAAGACCACUGAUCCGGAGUUUGAGUUUCUGAACAAUACUGAGUGCACGAAUUGUUCGACUACACGGACGUAUGCCGAGUGGCAGAGUGAUGGGGUAGGAGCGUUGCCGUUUUACCGAGUGAGAAGCGACCUCCACCGGUCCCAUGCGAGAGUCGUCACGAUCCUGGGGUUGUUUGAGCUUACGGUGGGGGGAGUCGACAGGCCAGAGGGGCGGAGCGAGCUGGCCGCUGCGCUGCUGGCCAUCAAACAUAUCAACCAGAGGAAGAUUCUGGGGGACUAUCAGCUCAAAAUGCUCACCAACGAUACUAAGUGUGAUCCUGGGGUUGGAGUGGACACGUACUUCCACGCUCUCUACACACACACUCACACACGCAUGCCCUUCCUGCUGGGUUCAGGAUGUUCACAGGUCACUGAGAGUCUGGCAAAGAUAACACCUUACUGGAACAUGGUACAGGUGUCGUUCGGCUCCCUAUCCCCCGCUCUAAGUGAUCGUCGGGAGUUUCCCCUGUUCUACCGCACAGCAGCUCCAGACUCGUCCCACAACCCAGCGAGGCUAGCCUUCCUCACCAGGUUCAGAUGGGAGACUGUCACAGCUCUGAGUCAAAAUGAGGACGACUACACUUUGGCUGUGAACGACUUGGUAACCCAGCUAGAGCAGGCCAACAUCACUUGCAGGGCAACCAUUACAUUUGCUGAGACUGACUUCAAGGAACAGCUAAACCUACUUAAGGAACUCGAUACAAGAAUAAUAAUCGGAAGUUUUUCCCAUAGAGUUGCUCCGAAAAUAUUUUGUGAGGCCUACAGACUUGGCAUGUUCGGAGCGGACUAUGUGUGGAUGCUGCAUGGAGACACAGAUAGUGGACAGCAGUGGUGGCGUAACCAGACUAUGUGUCCAGCUAGAAACAUGGCCGCGGCUGUGGAGGGUCUCAUCAUCGUGUCCAGCCACAACACCAUCGUAGGCAACAAGCCUUCUGUCUCUGGACUGAGAAAUGAGAGGUUCCUAUCAUCACUACCAGCUCCCCACAGUAACUUUGUCCACCAGACCUAUGAUGCUGUAUGGGCCAUUGCUUUGGCUUUGAGGAACUCACACCUCAAUCUCUCCAUGUUUGAUUACUCAGAGAAACACAUGGCUUUGAGGCUGUUCAACGCCAUGGCCAACCUCAGCUUUUCUGGCAUAUCGGGUCCAGUUUCGUUUUAUGGAGCAGAUAGAGUUGGCGUAUCAGCAUUCCAUAGAGUUCAAGACGGGAAGGUGGUGCGAGUAGCGUUGUACGACCCGUCCACCCCCAUACUAGACUUCCACUGUGCCGGUUGUGUCAGGAUAGCUUGGCAGGGUGACCAUGUUCCCAUCGCCAAGCGGGUGUUCAAACUGCGGGUGGUCACCAUCCAACCUGCAGCCUUCCUAAUAGUCACAUCCCUAGCUUCCGUAGGCAUAACACUGGCCUGUGGCUUCCUCGCUUUCAACCUGUACUUCCGCAGGCUCAAGUACAUAAAGCUGUCCAGUCCCAGGCUCAACAACAUGGCAGUUGUUGGUUCCAUCCUGGUAUACAUGGCUGUUAUUCUGCUGGGUCUUGAUCAUAACACACUGCCUACCAAAGCUGCCUUCCCUACUGUCUGCACGGCAAGGGUGUACCUACUGUCUGCUGGGUUUUCUUUGGCCUUCGGAUCAAUGUUUACCAAAACCUAUAGAGUACAUAGAAUAUUUACUAGGAGUGCUAGUGGAGUGGUGAAAAAUAAGCUCCUUCAAGACACCCAGCUGAUCUCCCUGAUAUGUGUUCUGCUCGUAAUAGACGGACUGAUAGUCACAUUGUGGGUCGCUGUAGACCCAAUGCAAAGACAACUUAGAAAUCUCACCCUGGAGAUCAGCUCCAUAGACCGCAGCGUCGUCUACCAACCUCAGGUCGAAGUAUGCGGGUCGCAGUUCACUCACAGCUGGCUCGGAGCUCUGUACGCUUACAAGGGUCUACUGUUGAUAGUGGGAGUCUAUAUGGCUUGGGAGACAAGGCAUGUCAAGAUCCCAGCGCUCAAUGACUCGCAGUACAUCGGUCUAAGCGUGUACAGUGUUGUGAUCACGUCGGCGCUGGUGGUUGUGUUGGCCAACCUUAUCUCUGAGAGAGCGACUCUCGCCUUUGUUACCAUCACUCUCCUGAUCCUCGCCUCCACGACAACCUCGCUGUGUCUCCUGUUCCUACCCAAGAUACACGCCAUUCUACACCACAGGGACGCCACCGUCGACCCUGUCACCCACAGCAUGGGGCUGAAGAUAGAGUGCAACACCAGGAGAUUCCUCAUAGACGACAGACGAGAGGUCUACUACCGUGUGGAAGUACAGAACAGAGUGUACCGGAGAGAGUUAACAGUUCUCGACAACGAGAUUGCCAAACUGGAGAAGGCCUUGACCAGCGAUACUUCACUGGCUGCAUCUAGCUCUCACUCAUCAGUCGUCUCACGCAAGGCCACUAGCACAGUGUUUCCAACAUCAAACAACAGGACACAGUGGCCCAAACCCCCUCCCACCCACAGAAGAUUGUCCAUCUCAUCACUUGGUAGUUUUAAAAUUUGCCAGUAGCUAUCUUGUAAAUAUACUUUUAUCUAAAGGAACGCCUAAUGUGAAAUAUAUCUGGAAUCAAAUAACAUAAUGAAGAUGUCUAGCUUUUGAGGUAUGUAAAUUUUCUAUAUUGAUACACAUUAUCGGAAAAAAAACUUAAAUAGAAAAAAAAUUCUUAAUCUUUUAAAUAUUAUAGUGAAAAUUAAAAUCUAAAUCCCUGGAAUGUAAUACUGGUUUUGUAUAUCAUACAAAACUGUUUCAAAUUUGUACUCAGUUUUUCAUUACUUUUGGAUGACCCUUAGAUGUAUUUAUAAGUUGUAAUGUAAGAUAGGUUUACA